AUGUCUACUGUCACCUCUCUGCUUCUUUUCCUAGCCUCAGUUCCUCUUGCUGAGCUUUUGCCAGAAAAACCAAGGAGAUCUGCUCUGAACCAGCUCACCAGAACUCUCCUCCGCCAGUACAACUGUGGGGUUCGGCCAGUUCAAAACUGGACUGAUCCAACAGUUGUCUACAUCGAUCUGAUCCUCCAGUCUGUGCUCGAUGUGGAUGGGCAGACCCAGAAAGUAACCACAAGCAUUUGGUAUCGUCAGAUCUGGACUGAUGAGUUUCUGGUAUGGGACCCUGCGGAGUUCGACGGGAUUAAUGAGAUCUCCCUGUCUUCAGAUGCUAUCUGGGUGCCUGAUAUCAUCAUCAGUGAAUUCGUUGAUGUUGGCCGAUCCCCGUCCCUCCCCUACAUUUAUGUGAACUCCUCCGGGAUGGUGAAGAACUACAAGCCCAUCCAGGUGGUGUCAGCUUGUGAUCUAGAGAUCUACGCCUUCCCCUUCGACAAGCAGAACUGCACCUUGACCUUCCGUAGCUGGCUCCACACAGUAAACGAGGUGGACUUGGCCCUGUGGAGGAGCUCCGAAGAAAUAGCAAAUGACAAGAGAGAGUUCAUGAAUGACGGCGAAUGGGAGCUGCUGUCUGUGCCAGCCCGAUAUCAGCAGCUCCAUCUUGAGAACAGAGACUACGCACAGAUCCAGUUUAAUGUGGUGAUCCGUCGGCGCCCCCUGCUGUACGUUGUCAGUCUGUUGAUCCCCAGCAUCUUCCUCAUGGUGGUGGAUGUGAUCAGUUUUUACCUGCCCCCAAACAGCGGCACUCGCAUCACCUUCAAGACUAGCAUCCUUUUGGGCUACACUGUCUUUCGAGUCAACAUGACCGAUGAGCUUCCAGCAACAGCCAUCAAAACGCCCCUCAUUGGCGUUUUCUUUGCGGUCUGCAUGGCACUCCUGGUCCUGAGUCUGGCUAAGUCCAUCUUGGUAGUGAAACUGCUGCACCAUAAUGAGGAAGCAGUGAAGGAGAUGUCUGUGUCGGCCUGCCUGCUGGACAAAUAUGGCUCCUCCAGCCACAGUUUCAAUGAGAGUUCGUUCACCUCUGUCAAAACCCUGGAUGAUGUGGAUCAAUGUGGAGGCUUUGAACUGGACUUCACUUCAGAGGAUGACCUCCUAUCUCUCUGUGAGCCCAAUGAUGGCAUUUUGCAGUUGGAGAAGGUACUGCAGGAGAUUGUCUCCCUCAGGUGCUACCUGCUCCAGGUGGAGAGCGACGGCGCAACCCAAGCGGACUGGCUGGCACUGUGCUACAAGCUGGACAAAUUCCUUUUCCGUCUCUAUGUGCUCAUCCUGGUCAUCUACACCAGUACCCUCCUGUUACUGUGGGUCUCCUGGAGCUUGGUGUAAAAACACAGGCAAACCUCUCGUAAACUAAUGUGUAAUGCUGGGAGUAUCAUUUCCAAAGCAGCAUAGUACUAUAUGCAGCAAAGCAAAAGUCAGAUUAUAGAUAUUCAGGUAUUA